AUGGAUGGGAAACACUUUUUUGCUCAACGAGACGAUAUCGCCAAAGAGAAACGCCGCAAGAAACUGGAAAAAACCGGUUAUAUUUCCGGAGCGCAUGAUUCUUUCUCUAUCCCAUCCCAUCACGUGACUGCACCUCCGAUUAUCCUCCGCUCCGCCAACCCGGAAAUUCAAGACCUCCAAAUCCCAUCCCAAACAUCCCACCAAAUCCGAAAUGGCAAACCACCUUACCCACCAAGCGCGCUCCACCUACCGCGCCCUGCUCCGCGAACUUCCCAACCGGCGCCUCUCAACUCCCUCCCCCUCCACCAACGCAUCCGCGCCGUCUUCCGCUCCGAACAAGAACCCACCACAUCAGACUCGACAGCACUGCCAUUCUCCCUGCCCAAAACGGACGAAGAACGCGCCCUCCGCAUCCAAGAGGCUGAUCAGUUGGCGCAAUAUGCUCGCGCCCAGCGCACUUAUUCGGCUUUGCUGGAGCGGUAUAACCCCGGCAUGAGCCUUGAUGAGGAGGAGAAGGUUAGAUUGACUGCUAGACGAGUUGGAAUGGACUUGCCUGAGCUUUAUGGGGAGGAGGGGAAGACUGGGAAGGAGUAA